AUGCCAGACCCCCAGAACGGCCCCUCGCCUGACGCGGCGGAGCAGAAGAAGCGUCGUGCCUGUGAUGAGUGCAGAACCCGCAAGCUUGCAUGCACCAAAGAGGCCGAUGGCUGCCGCCGCUGCAGGCGGGAGGGCAUUGCCUGUAUCUACUCGGCCCAGAAGCCCAUGGGCCGGCCACGAAAGCGGCCACGAACCGAUGAAGAAGAGAAGACAGCUGCUGAUGCUGCUGUCCCAGCUGAUAGUGGCACUGUCAACGUGGCCCACAACGCGCCUGACGGCGAUGUGGGCUUGUCGAUCCUGGCCGAUCAAGUGUCGUCGCCGGGCUUCACGUUCUUUGAUUUUCUCGGCAUAGGCGACAACAACGCCCUUGAUCCCAAUCUCAUACAGCAGCAGCACACCACACACGAGGGUCCAGUCCCUACCAGCGUCCAUACACAACCUGUCACGUCAUUUCCCGCUGCAACUUCAGCCGUCUCCGGGCCUUCACCGCCAUCGACAGCACGGCACUCCCCAAUGCCCACUACCACACGCCGCUACGAAGGGAUUUUCCCGCGAAGCCUGUUCGGCAUCAACUUUUCCGAUAUAGACUUUAAUACGGGCCCGACUGAUGCCAUGGCCAGCGGCGUGCCGACGCCCCCGACCCGAACAGACAGCAACGGCAACAGCAACAGCAACGGGGAAUCACCGAGCGGCGGGUCAGAUGUGCCAACACUCGCUUCGAACGGCAGCCAGUCAUCACAAGCGACCGAGACACCUGCAUCAAAUCAGCCACCACGACCUAUGGUGACUCCGGGGCUGACGCCUGGGUUGGCCGGGACCAGCCCACACGGUUGGGUGGUGCGUCAGGCCUCCUUGGGGAUUCUGCCGCCGUCGCCAAAAGCCAUUCCUCAGCAGCUGCCACCGCUGCCCACUACUGCCGAGGCUGCGCCAUCUGCAUAUGAUAGCGAAAACAAUGGCCAAAAGAACAAUGGCGAGCUGCCGCCGUUCGAGCCGAAGGCAUACCCGUUACCAGAAGGCACACCCACACUUGUCGGCGGCAUACCGACAGUCCCGCCGGUCGAUGCCUACAGCAAGUCGUCGGCCGCGUGGCUGCUCACCGCACCCAACCGUGUCUGUGGCUGCCUCGCCCGGCUGUACCUCGCACUCGAUUCUCUGCAGCACCUGCCCACCGAAGUCGGACCGGCCAUGACGGUUGCACGCAACGCCGCACAUACGGCGCACGACACGGUCCUGUGCCCAAGCUGCUCGCCACCGCAUCUCGACCUGUACGUCAAGCCGCCCGUACAGGCGUUCCAGAACCUUAUGAUUUUAAGUGCGCUGUUGCCCACCAUUGCGCACGCAUACCGGCGCAUCGUGGCCAUGGUCGACGAAGAGGCGCAGCGUGCGGCUGCAGCAAAGGAACGGCUACCGCUGUCGCUGACGGAAUACGGCGGUGUGUGGGGCCACAUGGCCCGGUGGGACAAUGUGUGCGCGCAGACGUCGUCGAUGGACAACUGCGUGGUGGAUCCACCCCUGUGGCGGCUGGUGGUGCGGGCGCUGCUCAAGAUGGACGUGUAUGGUGUCCAUCUCGACCGCGACGAUAUGGACGAGAAGGAAGCGGCAGACAGCGCGGCGGUUGCGCAGCAAGCCAUGAUGGCCACGGGCGUUGGCGGUCCCUCGCCGGCUUCGGACACGGACACGGCUAAUACGUCUCCACGCCCGGAACGCAAGACCACCGGCGGGGCCAAGGCAAGCUUCUUCAUGGUGCCGGUCCACUUUGGCCUCAAGGACAUUGCUGAGAUGAUGGAAGAGCGAUCCAAGAUGCGGCACAAGUUCUUGGACGACGCAUACGACGCAGGCCUGAUCAAGACGCACGACGAGGGCGGGGAAUGUGGCUACCAUCGGCUGCCGCCGGGCGAGAAGCCCAACUGCCAAAAGGUGAUUGAGAUGGCAAGGCAGGAGAUUGAUAAGCUCGUGAUUGUGUAG